UAAAGCUUCGUCUGUCAAUGAUUAAUAAUAGUUUCCUCCUCCUUUGAAUGUCAUUUCAAAGUCAUUUCUAGCCAUUCCAUAUUCCGGAAUUUUUGUGAUUUCACUAAAAAAUUAUCGUUAUUUUAUAAAACCUCCGACAAAACUCGCUCAAUUUUCAAUCAUGGCGAACGAUCCAUGCAAAUGCACAGAAAACACCUAUAAAAUUGUUAUGGUAAGACAUGGAGAAUCAGAGUGGAACAAGCUUAACCUUUUCUGCGGCUGGUACAAUGCAGAUCUCAGUGAUAGAGGUCGACAAGAGGCUGUUACUGCCGGAAAAGCUUUGAAGAACGUUAACUACACUUUCGAUAUUGCUUAUACCUCAGUGCUGAUGCGUGCCAACAAAACUCUAGAUGGUAUUUUAAAGGAACUGGGCCAAGAAAAUUUGCCUAUAGUAAAAACUUGGCGUUUGAAUGAAAGGCACUACGGUGGACUGACUGGUCUAAAUAAAGCAGACACUGUAGCAAAGUAUGGUGAGGAGCAAGUGAACAUUUGGAGGAGAAGCUUCGAUGUUCCUCCCCCGCCCAUUACACCAGAAAAUCAAUACUAUGAUACUAUCAUGAAUGAUCCAAUUUACAAAGAUGGGCCCUCAAAGGAGGAGUUUCCUUUGUUUGAGUCUCUUGAACUUACUAUCAAGAGAACAUUACCAUUCUGGAAUGAUACUGUUGUGCCACAGCUUAAAGCAGGAAAGAAAAUUCUUAUUGCUGCUCAUGGUAAUAGUUUAAGAGGAAUUGUAAAACACUUGGACAACAUGACCAAUGAAGAGAUAAUGAAGCUUAAUUUACCUACUGGAAUUCCAUUCAUGUAUACAUUGGAUAAGGAUUUGAAGCCCAUCCAGGGAGGCAGUCUCCAGUUCUUAGGAGACCCAGAGACUGUUAAGAAAGCUAUGGAAGAGGUUGCUAACCAAGGAAAAGCAAAGAAGUAAAAUAAGAACAUCCUGAUAAGGAAAUUAAAAGUUGUGAAAUAUUAUUUAUAAUUAAAUUAUUAUUUAGCAUAGAAUGAUAACAUUAAAUAAUUAUUGUAAUGAUUUCAAAAGGAAAAAACCAAUGAGUAUUCGUCAAUAAAUAAAAGUUAAUCUUUAAA